AUGUCGAGUAGAGGUUUACGUUCGAAAAAAACCAAUGAUGUAGCGGAGAGUGAAACUGGUGGUCAAGAUGGUACGCAAAAGGUGGUUACGGAGGAUUCAGAAACACCCAUUCCCAGAAGAUCAUGUCAGAUAUGUCAUGGGGAAAAUACAAACUGUGAUGUAUGCCAAAAAUGGCAUCACUACCAAUGUGUUGGGGUAACACAGGUAUCUGAAAAACAACCCUGGAGUUGCGCCAAAUGCAAAGCUGCAACCGGUGUCCAGGAUACGUGUUCAAAUACCAUCAAACCUCCUGUGCUGCUUGGUAGUCAAAGUCAAAAGCAACCAGAAGCCGUUCCUGGAACUUCCUCUGCAUCCCUCGUUCAACAAAAAGGCACUCAACAAUCACAGGUCGUGAAUUCAAUCGGAAACAAAUCAGCAAAUGAGACCAUUCCGAACAUAACAUCACUUCCACUGAAACAGUCAGCAAACCCUGUAUUAAGUAAAACGAUAUCAAAUGCAAAAGAGACGUUGCCAAGGAAACCUGCAUCGAACGCGUCAGGAGUGUCCAACCGAUCGACACAAACACUCUUAAAACUAAAGUUGCGAAAGCUAGAGGAGGAACGUGAAUUGGAACGUCGACGAACUGCAGAUGAGGCAGCCAAGGAUAAAGAGUUCCUGGAGAAGAAGUACAAGAUACUAGAAGAAAUGGCUAGUGAAGGUGGUUCGAAUGACGGCGAUGCUAUGAGCCGCGUGGAGGAGUGGAUGGAUGAAACGGUGAAUCAAAACGGAAACCAACCAGGUAAUCCGCCCCCUCUUGGCUGCACGAGCUGCAACCGUUCUCAAAUCAAUACACAACGAAUCAACUGCGCUCCGCUACCACAAACCACGUGCGAGGUACCGAAUCAGACUCUCGUUCCCGUUCCUCAACAGCAGAAUAACUACCGUCCAGUGUAUGAUGAUGAUGACGUAGAACAGUGUCCGCUAACCCGGAAACAGCUGGCAGCGCGUCAAGCAAUCUCAAAGGAGCUACCCACGUUUUCCGGUAACCCAGAGGAGUGGCCUCUAUUCUUGUCAUCCUUCAACAGCACGACAGCGAUUUGUGGAUUUUCGGAUGCAGAAAACAUCAUUCGGUUGCAAAAAUGUUUGAGAGGGCGAGCAUACGAAGCGGUUAAAAGUCGUCUGAUGCACCCGGCAAAUGUGGUUGGCGUAAUAACGACUCUAAAAAUGUUAUUUGGACAGCCGGAAGCCAUCGUACACACACUAAUCGCGAAGAUCAACUCACUACCCGCGUUGAGGGAAGAUAAGCUGGAGACCCUUGUAAAUUUCGCUGUCAGCGUGGACAACUUUUGUGCUACGGUGGACGCCUGCGGAUUAGAAGAGCACCUCUACAACGUAUCGUUGAUGCAUCAAUUGGUCAGUAAACUGCCUUCUUCCAUAAAACUGAAUUGGGCCCAGUACAGACAAACGCUGCCGGCAGUUAACUUGGCUUCUUUUAGCCACUGGCUUUAUUCCCUAGCAGAGGCUACUAGCGCUAUAACUAUUCCGAAUGAUAUUGGAGACAUAAGAACAACGCGGAGCGAAAACCGUGGAAAUAAAAAAGGUAACACUUUCGUGAACUCUCACUCCGAGGACGUCUCUCCGGAAACAUACUCCCAGAAAUCAUCCUUUGUGAGGACAGCAAGCGAAGGCUGCAUGAUAUGUAAAGGGAUGUGCAAAUCCAUUUGUAAAUGCAAACGGUUCCUAGAAAUGUCGCGUGACUCACGUUGGGCAGUUGUGAGAGAAUACGGACUCUGUCGUAGAUGCCUGCGACGACACUAUGGGGGAUGUCAAGCAAGAUUAUGCGGUAAGAAUGGUUGUCAGUUUAAACACCAUGAAUUAUUGCAUAACGACGAGAAAAAACCACCGAACGCUGAAGUCGUAGAAGCGAUUACUCCUCAAUCAAGUUCGAGUUCAAACCAUCAGGGAUGUCAUACUCAUCAAGUGAAGUCUAGCAGAACUCUAUUCCGUUAUUUGCCAGUACGUCUACAUGGGAAGCACGGCUCCAUAUGUACCUUCGCCUUCCUAGAUGACGGGUCAAGUUUGACACUAGUGGACAGUGAUUUGGCAGAUGAGCUGAGACUUGAAGGGGAAGUAAAACCCCUCUGUCUGCACUGGACAGGCGGCACACAGCGCCAAGAAGAAACCUCACGAGUCGUUAGUUUUGAAGUUGCUGGAAUACGAGACGAAUCCCAUAAAUUCAGCCUAACUGGAGUAAGGACGGUCAACGAAUUAUUACUUCCACCACAAACGUUGAACAUAGAGGAAUUAUCUCGCCUGUAUCCACACCUCCGAAACCUUCCCAUCCUCUCCUACGAAGCUGUGCGACCAAGAAUCCUAAUUGGGAUGAAGGAUCAACACCUCACUCUCGUCCUCAAGAGUCGAGAAGGAGGACCAAAUCAACCGCUUGCAGUGAAGACCCGCUUAGGCUGGACAGUGUGUGGGGGCGCCAAUGAAAAUGAUACACCCAACCUAGUACAUUCGAUUUUUCACAUUUGUCCGUGUGAAAACCGUUCAGACGAUGACCUUCAUCAGGCGAUGAAGAGGUAUUUCUCUUUAGACAGUUUAGGUGUAGUUAAAUCGGGAACAUCUCUACUCUCCAGAGACGAACAACGAGCACAAUCUCUUCUUCAAUCUCUUACAAAAUUCACGGGAACACGUUUCGAGACCGGACUACUCUGGCGCUACGACGAAGUCCGUCUUCCAGAUAGUCGAGCGAUGGCAAUGCGUCGGUUUCAAUGCCUCGAGAAACGCUUGAUGAGAGAUGCUUCGCUUGCAGCAGUCUUGCAACAGAAAAUUUCUGAUUAUCUACGCAAAGGCUAUAUCCGAAAGCUAUCAGAGGAGGAACUUAUACGCCCAAACCGUCGCACCUGGUAUCUUCCUGUGUUCCCAGUAAAGAACCCUAAUAAGCCAGGGAAAAUUCGCAUCGUGUGGGAUGCUGCAGCCACUGCUUUCGGAAAGUCACUAAAUUCAUUUCUUCUGACGGGGCCUGACCAGCUUGCAUCGUUGUUCUCUAUUCUCAUCCAGUUCCGUGAGCGUGCGAUUGGACUAACGGGUGAUCUGCGAGAGAUGUUCCAUCAAGUCUCGAUACGGAACGAAGACCAACUUUGUCAACUCUUUUUCUGGAGAGAUGAGGAUGGUCAGCUGUCAACCUAUGUGAUGCGUGUUAUGACUUUUGGUGCUUGUUGCUCGCCAAGCAGUGCACAAUAUGCGAAGAAUAUGAAUGCAGAGCGGUUCAGAUACCAGUACCCGACAGCAGCAAACGUUAUUCAAAAGCGUCACUACGUGGAUGAUAUGCUAGUUAGCGUCGAUACGGAAGGAGAGGCAAUACAACUGGCAAAGCAGGUUACGUUCGUACACGCGCAAGGCGGUUUUGAGAUCAGAAACUGGAUCAGUAAUUCUCAACGGGUACUGAGAGCCCUGGAUGAGAAUAGUACGAAGGAGAAGAACCUUGACCUCGCUCCGGAAUUGGCCACGGAGAAGGUGUUGGGGAUGUGGUGGUGUACCGCGUCUGAUGUCUUCUCAUAUAAAGUUGGAUGGAACCGAUACGAGCGCCCCCUCCUGGAGGGUCAACGUUGCCCGACAAAGCGGGAAAUGCUACGAAUCCUUAUGUCUAUGUUCGAUCCCUUGGGGUUAAUUGCACAAUUCCUGAUGUACCUGAAGAUCCUCAUGCAGGAAGUCUGGCGGUCCGGAGCUGAUUGGGACGAUGAAAUUAACGGAGUACUCUUCUCCAAGUGGCAGACGUGGCUUCAGAUCCUCCCACAAAUCGAAACGCUCAAGAUUCCUCGUUGCUAUCGCAGUCGAAUUCCAGCAGAUUUUUCCGACGUGCAGCUCCAUACGUUUGUAGACGCGAGUGAGGAUGGAAUGGCUGCAGCUUGCUAUCUUCGUUACUCCCAUGGCGAUACCAUCGAAUGCACGUUAGUCGCUGCCAAAACCAGAGUUUCUCCGUUGAAAUUCCACUCGAUUCCUAGAUUGGAACUUCAAGCAGCGGUGUUGGGUGUUCGAUUGGCUUCCACAGUAAAAGAAUCCUUAUCUGUGAACAUCACUCGGCGAAUUUUUUGGUCAGAUUCACGAGAUGUGAUCUGCUGGGUCAAUUCGGAUCAUCGGCGUUUUACACCAUUUGUAGCCCACCGAGUUAGCGAAAUUUUGGACUCCACAGAACCAGCAGAUUGGCGCUGGGUUCCUACCAAGCAAAAUGUCGCGGACGAUGGCACUAAGUGGGUGAAACUACCAGACAUGUCUGCAGAAGCUCGUUGGUACACAGGACCACAUUUCCUGAUGUGCACUGAGAAGUAUUGGCCGCAACAACCAACCGUGACUAGGACAACAGAGACCGAACUACGCCCGUAUUUGUUGAUGCAUGUCCAGAAAACUGAGCCGCUUCUCUGCUUCAGUGACUUCAGUAGCUGGAGAAAGAUGGUGAACACAAUUGCAUACGUUCUUCGGUUUUCCAACAAUAUCAUUAAGAGGAUGAAAAGGCAGGCAGUUACGAAUGGCCAUCCUUCAAUGGAAGAGCUGACCGCCUCUGAAUCCCAUUUGAUCCGGCAAGCACAAGAGGACGCCUACCCCGACGAAUACACCCUUCUCCACCAGUCUGGUGGAGCCACGCUUCCGAAAACUAGCGCUUUGUAA